AUGGAAGGGGGGUGGCCCUGGGGGGGAUUUCUCCUCUGCCUCACUGUCAGCCUUCUGCUUCAAGGAACAGGAGACACUUUCACCAUCAACUGCUCAGGCUUUGACCAGCAUGGGGUGGAUCCUGCCACCUUCCAAGCAGUGUUUGACAGAAAGGCUUUCCGUCCAGUCACCAACCUCAGCCUCCCGACUCAAGUCAACAUCUCCUUCACCCUGUCUGCCAUCCUGGAAGUGGACAUACACCGCCAGCUUCUGACAUCAUUCCUGUGGAUUACUAUGACAUGGGACAAUCCUUUCAUCAGCUGGAACCCAGAAGAGUGUGUUGGCAGCCAUAAGGUCACCGUGUUAGCUGAGAACCUGUGGCUCCCAGACAUCCUCAUCAUGGAAUCCAUGGAUGUGGAUGGGGCACCUGCAGGUCUCAUCGCAUAUGUCAGCAGCGGAGGUCAAAUACAGUACGACAGGCCCGUGAAGGUGACAAGCAUCUGUAACCUGGACAUCUUCUACUUCCCUUUUGACCAACAGAACUGCACGCUCAGCUUCAGGUCCUUCCUCUACACAGUGGACAGCAUGCUCCUGGGCAUGGCCCAGGAACUGUGGAUGAUAACAGACAUGUCUCGUAACGUCAUUCAGACCCAGGGGGAGUGGGAGCUCCUGGACAUCAAAAAGGCUACCCUCAAGAUGUUGAUGGGCAGAAGUCUAUAUGACCAGAUCACGUUCUAUGUGGCCAUCAGGCGCAGGCCCAGACUCUACGUCAUCAACCUUCUGGUGCCCAGUAGUUUUCUGAUGGCCAUUGACUCCCUCAGCUUCUUCCUGCCAGCAGAAAGCGAGAACCGUGCCCCAUUCAAGAUAACCCUUCUGCUGGGCUACAACAUCUUCCUGCUCAUGAUGAAUGACUUACUCCCGGCCAGUGGCACCCCACUCAUCAGUGUCUACUUUGCCCUGUGUCUGUCGCUGAUGGUGGUCAGCCUGCUGGAGACCAUCUUCAUCACCUACCUGCUGCACCUGGCCACCACCCAGCCCCCACCCAUGCCUCACUGGCUCCAUUCCCUACUUCUGCGCUGCACCAGCCCAAGGAAGUGCUGCCCUGCUGGGCCCCAGAAGGGAAACACCGGCCUGGGCCUCAGCCCCGCCCACCUGCCUGGUGUGAAGGAGCCCGUGGAGUUGGUGGGGAAGGUGCCAGGUCCGAAAGAGGCAGAGUUAAAUGGGUGCCCUGGGUCAACGAGGGCCCAGCAGGAAGACGAGGCUCAGAAGCAGCACUUGGUCAGCCCGUGGGUGCAGUUCAGCCGCGUGAUGGACCUGCUCUUCCACCUCUACCUGCUCUUCAUGGCCACCUCCAUGACUACUGUCAUCAUCCUCUGGAACACCUAGACAGACAUCCACA